GUGAAUUCGGGCCCGCACUGCCUUCUGUACCCAUAUGUUUAUAAAGGUUCAGCCAUGCAUCGUUUUAGUAGCAUACUUUCACUAGGCUUUGCAGGCCCUCCGGGUUUCGAGUGAGGAAGGAGGAGUUGGGGAACAGUUUCAGCGCGUCUUUGUUGCGGGAUUGUGUCAGGUUUUGGUUACCCUCACGGCGCCGGACUAGGCCGCUGCGGAGUUUUUGAGUUUUUGGGAGCUGUCUGCGGCUACGUUUAUUUUUCCACGAGGACUCAGGAUGAGUAGUGCUUCAACUGUGCCAGCAUCUGGAUCCUUCGUACUUACAGAACCUCAACAUCCUGUUGCCGGAAGGAGGACCGUGUAUGGACAGCUUCAAGAGUUGAAAAAACUCUACCUUGAUGAUAUGAUUGAGCUAUAUAGCAUGCUGACAGCCCGAAGCAAUCAGCCCAUGCCAGCAGAACAGCUCCAGAAACUAAAGCAUUACAAGGAUGUCUUGCAUCGCAUGAUUCCUUAUCUUCGAGUGCCAGAAGACCGAGUACCUAAAGAAUUCAACGCGGACAAAGUGGAUGCUUUUGAGAAGCAGAUCGUGAACAUCAUGGAAACCUUUAAGAGAAGACGUCAAGGUGUUGCCUAGCUCUUGCAAAAUCCAAACCCAGGGGGCACUGCACUACUACAAUAUAGCCCGUGAAAUACUCCAGUGCUUAGCCAUUAUGAACCAGGCCAAAUUAUCAUCACAAUAAACUCAAAUUUAGAGAAAGUCUGGAUAGUGCGAAGCAGUCUUAGAAAGGGCACAUAAACGUGUGGUGUGCCGGGUUGACUUUGGGUAGGCUUUGUCUUGCUGUUCUGUCUUGUCGAUUCUGCCCAUUAUUCUACGUGCAAUAGCCGAAGGGUUUGAACAAGUCAAACUUCAGGCUUGCUAACAGUGCAACACAUACACGUCAAGGGGAUCCAGUAUGAGCGUACUGAUAACCAAAUGUUCACUUGAACGCGAUCUUUCCAAUCUAAUCAAUACCAUCAGCUGACCCUGUCUUUGAUCUGAGGUUCAAUUUGCAAUA